AUGACAUUCUUUUACAAACAACUACUAGGAAUAUGUGCUGAACAAUUACCAGUUGUUGAUCCUAAAAUCAUGAGUAAUAGGUAUAUUCUAAAUAGGGAGCAACAAUUACAUCUUAUAUCCCCUAUUGCUGAAGAAAAAGUUUUAUUGGCAUUGAAAUAUAUUGUUGAUCUGAAAACCCCGGGAUAUAAUGGGUUUAAUACAUUAUUCUUUAAGAAAACUUGGUGUGUGGUGAGCAAGGAGAUUAUAGAGGCAGUGCUGCAGUUUUUCAACAACAACUGGAUGUAUAAGGCAAUAAACUGCACUGUUGUUACAUUGGUACCAAAGGCUGGUUUCAUACCAGGUAGGGUUAUAACUGAUAACAUCCUAUUAAGUGAUGAUCUUGUCAAGGGGUACAAUAAGAAAGGAAUCUCUCCGAGGUGUAUGCUCAAAUUUGACAUGCAAAAAGCUUAUUACUCGGUAGAAUGGCACUUCCUUGAACAAGUUUUGAUGAGAGUCACCUACAUCUGUUCUUUGCUUGCACAGUCUCUACUCAAGUAUGGCAAAAAAUUAUCAACUGGCUUGGAAUCUCUCGGUCACCUGCAAGCUGGAAUUAUGAAUUAG